CAAUCUUUUCUCUUCCUUUUUAUCCCACAUUGUUUCACCUACUUUAUAUUUUUUGGGCUUUUACCACCGAUACUACGAAGUAACAGAAAAUGCAACCCGCAGAACCUAUGGGAGUACCGUUAAAUAAGAACCAAAACAACAAUCAAGAAAUACCUGAACAUAUACCGGCGCAGAUGGCACUUGCGCCAGAGCAACGGCCAUAUGAACAAACACAUACAAUCAGACGGCAAGACUUUGAAGACGACGGCACGCACCGCAACAGUCUGGCCAAACACAGUCUGUCCCCCGAGCAGUUAGGCGUUGUCGGUUAUGUGAAGGAUGUUGCGGGGUUUGUCAAGGACGCAGUUCAAGAACGACGAGUCAACAAAAAGGCAAACAAAGCAUCAGCUUCAUUGUCAUCUUCACCACCGCCGUCCGAGGAACGUCGUGGAAGGGUAAAUGGUAGCAGAAGCAAUAGCAGCAAUCAAGCUCCCGCUAGUCCAGCUAUAUCUUCGUCACCGGAGGGCCGGGAGUCGACCCCGUUGGCGGAAGCUGUCACAAGCCUGUUUCCUGGCCUUGACCCAAGCGCUGCUGGAUGUAGCCACGCAGAUGAAUUGCGACAUGAUCUUAUGCGAACCCAUAGCAGAGACUCAAAUGAUUCAUCCAAACUUUUAAACGAAUAAAAAACACAAAAAGAUUGUGAACAGGAG